UUUCGGAACAAACCUGUCAUAACUAUGUGUUUUGUGGUGUAAAAAUGGUAGGGGCAGGUCUUCCAUGGUUUUUCAGAUUCAAGGCUGCUUGUCAUUUUCCCUGCAUCAAGCAAUCUAAAAAUUAAUGAUGAAACUCAGUUGGGCAUUUAUAUUUUACUGUACCUGUUUUAUGCUUAAUGUGCAUAUUUGUCUUACUUCUACUGAUUUAUUUCCCAAUGUUGCUUACAAUGAGGCCACCAUCUAUGACUUCACAGAGGAUGAUCCUUUUUUUGAAAUAGUGUUCCCGAAGUCCCUCCAGUAUACCUACAGAUUGCGCCAAGCCCAAAACUUUGGAACUGAUUUUUUGUUCCCACAGCGCGGCUUAAGAUUGGUUCUGGCAGAUCCUGAGGAUGGCUGCUCUCGUCUAUACAAUGGCCCUCAACUGAAUGGUGCUGUAGCGCUUGUUAUCAGAGGAUCUUGCUCAUUUGUGAGUAAAGCUGUUCAGGUUGAGAAAGCAGGCGCUGUAGCAGUCAUUGUUACGGAUAUGGAUGCUGCAACUGAUACCUCUUUCAUCGAGAUGAUUGCAGAUGGAACUGAAAGGAAACCAUCUAUUCCAGCUUACUUUUUACUGGGACGGAACGGUGAAAUGAUUCUGCAAACUCUGCGAACGGAGCAUCUCGACGCAGCCAUUAUUAACAUUCCUGUUAAUCUCACCAACGUGCAAAUCACGAAGCUUAAUCAGCCACCGUGGAUAGUUUGGUAGUAAAAAUUUCUUAGCAAUUUUCAAUAAUUUAGUUGAUGAAAAAGGCCAUGUGAAGUUAUAUAUUUCUUGACGUUCUAUUUUAUAAGGAAGUGUAUAGUUUGUGGUGAAAAUACUUCAUCAUAAAUUGGAUUCAUAUAAACCAAUGGCUGCUAUGUUUAUGAUGUAUUUAUUGAUUUAUAUGUACUAGUCAAUGUUGAAUGUGCUCAUUUUGUAUUAAAAACUUUAUAUCGUUUAGAACCAAUAUCAACAUCUGCAGCUGAGAGUGUUUCAUAGAACUCGUCUUCAGUAUCGUUACUCUCAGUGUUCACCUCCGGGAAUUGAUAAGCAGCUAUCAACAGAGACUGGCUUUUCUUUUCAAAUUUUAGAAUUUAACACAUGUAGCCGACAUGUGGAUAACGCAUUUAGUAAUGCCAAGGUACUUUUUAGGCUAGUUAAUGAAUUUUUGUUUAGCAUAAACUCGUAUGCUGUGCUAUUAAAUUAUGUACGAAAUAAUAUCUAAGCAUUGUUUAUUUCAUACGUGACAGGUUGUGAGCGUUUUUGAAGAAUAUUGAUAUUUUUGCGUUUUUCUUUAUUGAGGUUUUGAAUUUUGUUGUAGUUUGUGAGAGGAUUGUUGAUAUAAUCUGCAUGUUAUACUUAUACUCGAAGCAAUUAAAAUUAGAUUCGAUUUCAUAUUUCAAUUGCAGUGACAGUGCAUUUAUUGUCUUUCCUGCAUAGAGGAACUUGAGAAAAAUACUUCGUUUUCUAUCAUAAAAAAUAUUUAAUUUGACGCGAAGGAAGAAAGUCAUACUAAGCUUCCCGUGGCAUUUUGCUCUUCACUUUCUGUCAGUUUUGGAGUAUGAUUAAUAACUUUAUAACUGAUCAAUGUCAUGCCAAUGCCUUUAUCCAUUAUUAUUAGUUAACAAAAAGCACUAGCUUCUACCAAGGCAAGAUUCUUAUUACUGAGCUUGGCGAGACGCGGGAAAAGCAAUGCUAUAUGUUGGUUAGUCUGAAAGCAAAUUGACGCCAGGCUUGGGUGCUUACAGCUCAACAAGAGUGCGGUCAUGGUUCUUUGGCGAACACGUUCGUCAUAUUUACUUCACAUGCGAAUUACCUUCUUCUCAAUCUUGAAAGGUUUAAAAAAAUUUAAGGUAAGUGAUAGUGAAGUUCAGCGUUAAUGUCUAGAACCUAGGGAGCACAGCCAAAUACAGCGCGUUUACCUCUGAAGUCACAAUGAAAUGAGAAGCAGAAGAAAGAAUGUAACUUCGUGUCAAAUAAAUUGUUUUUAAUCA